UUUUAUUCACUUUUUUUUUUUUAAAUGUAUUUUUAGACGUACAAGAUUGUAUAAUUGGUAGACUUCAUAUUUUAUAGUGACAUUUUGCAUGCUGACGUUUUAUAAAAUCUAAACGUUUUGCGCAUAGUAGCCUAGUCCUGAAAAGGUUGAUUUUUAGUUCCGUCAAUCGGGUUCUGCCAAAGCGGUCAUACAUAAUUUGAUGAUUUUAAGAUAUUUGAGGAUGCUUCUUUUGCAACGAUUCUCAGUUUGUACAGCUCUCAAUCCGAAGCGGUGUGGUAUGUCACGGGGUUCGUGAUGAAAUGGUUGUUUUCCCUUUAGUUUUUUUAGGUCGAUUUUCCAAAUAGAGGACAAAUUGAUGAAUCGUGUGAUGACACUAUGAAGUUGGUUUACAUAAUGUCCUCAAAUGUAUAAAUUGAAAUGGCCAUAUCGACAUUAUUGAAUCCUCCGAUUAUGUCACGUCCCACCCUAAAACAUAAUAAUCCAGAACUUCAUGUACCCUUCUGUUUUUUGUAAUAUUUGGGCAGGGAAUCUGGCACAAUGCGUAGCAAGAAGGUUUGGAAAUAGACGAGCUUUUUAAAAAUACCCCCCGCCCCCCUUAAUCCAUGUCAGAAAUAGCUGACCUAGUAAAACGAUUUGGGGUUAACCCUUCUAGUUUGCAGUUGGCCCUUCUGCAACAUCUGUAUGAAUUUGUGACAGUAUCAGUGGUAACCAGUAUAGCCUCUGCAUCACCAGUGCUGUGCUAUCGAAAACAUAUGAGCAUUUCUGAGUCAUCCAUCUCCACUCGCUCACCCCAUACCAGGCAGCCUAGAAGGCUAAUGGAUAGGAUGGGAUCAUCGUUCCUGUCCUUAAUUGGAAAAUACCCUAUUUGAUGUUGAAAACAAAGCACAGAGUGGAAACGCCAGUCAGCUCCUAUGUUGGUGAAAGAAGAUGAAAGAGCAUGAUUUGGGAAAGGACUACCUGGUACCUGGGCCUGUGUACCGGGCCGUGCCGAGCAGAGACACUACUUUACCAGGCACAGAGGUCACCCCAUACCAGCUGGAGCUCGCCAAGAUCCAGGAUGCAUUGGAGACGGCAGCAAGGGCAGAGGGCGGUUUGUCCCUGGACGGUGGCACUCCCUACAUGAAAGAGCUGGAGGAGGAAGCAGUGCGGAGCAAAUACCAACACAGCGUUGGCGUCCUCAAACCUAUCCGAUCCACCAGCAAGCACGAGCACCCAGUGGACAACGCGGGCCUCUUCUCCUUCAUGACCUUCAACUGGCUGACCCCGUUGGCCGUGCACGCCCACCGCAAAGGCCAGCUACUGCUGGAGGAUGUGUGGUCCGUGUCCCAGUUUGAGAGCUGCGAGGUUAACCACCGCAGGUUGGCCGGGCUGUGGGAGGAGGAGCGCAGGGCGAAAGGGGACGAGGCCUCCCUGUGCGGUGUGGUCUGGGCGUUCUGUCGGACGCGCCUGCUUCUCUCUAUCCUCUGCCUCAUGGUCACCCAGCUAGCCGGCUUCAGUGGCCCAGCCUUUGUGGUGAAGCGGCUGUUGGAGUACACAGAGCAGGCGGAGCCCGACCUGCCCUACGGCCUGCUGCUGGUCGUGGGGCUGCUGUGCACCGAGCUGGUCCGCUCCUGGUCACUGGCGCUCACCUGGGCCCUCAACUACCGCACAGGCACCCGCCUGCGGGGAGCCAUCCUCACCAUGGCCUUCCACAAGAUCCUGCGGCUCCGCAGCAUCCGAGACAAAUCCAUGGGACAGUUGAUCAACAUGUGUUCUAACGACGGCCAGCGGAUGUUUGAGGCUGCGGCGGUGGGCAGUCUGCUGGCAGGUGGGCCUCUUAUUGCUGUGCUGGGGAUGGGCUACAACCUGGCUAUACUGGGGCCCACCUCCUUACUGGGCUCUGCAGUCUUUAUCCUCUUCUACCCUGCUAUGAUGUUCAGUUCGAGGCUGACGGCCUACUUCAGGAGGAAGGGCGUGGCCGUGACGGACCGUCGGGUCCAGAAGAUGAACGAGAUCCUCAACUACAUCAAGUUCAUCAAGAUGUAUGCCUGGGUCAAGGCCUUCUCCCAGGAUGUGCGCAGGAUUCGAGAGGAGGAGCGCAUCAUCCUAGAGAGGACUGGCUACUUCCAGAGCAUCACAGUGGGCGUGGCUCCCAUCGUCGUGGUGAUAGCCAGCGUUGCCACGUUCUCCACUCACAUGCUGCUGGGCUACGACCUCACCGCCGCUCAGGCAUUUACAGUGGUGACUGUUUUCAAUGCCAUGACCUUUGCCUUGAAGGUCACCCCUUUCUCUGUCAAGUCCCUGUCAGAAGCAUCAGUAGCCAUGGAGAGGUUCAAGAGCCUGUUCCUGAUGGCGGAGGUGGAGAUGAUCCGGGACAAGCCCCUGAACCCCCAGGUUGCCGUGGAGAUGAUUGGCGCCAGCUUAGCUUGGGAGACGGCGGGUCACAGUGCCCAGCCCACCCCCCGCGGCACCCCCUCGGUUGGCUCCACCCAGAGGCACAGGCGCCGGAGGCCCGCCCAUGAGGACGAGGCAGGGGAGCAGGCAGGGCGUCUGCUGAAGGUGGGGGAGAUCCCUCCCAUCCUCUCCGUCAGCCAGCGGCUGCAGAGGACCCUGCACUGCGUGGACCUCACCGUUCGGCAGGGGAAGCUGACUGGGAUCUGUGGAAGUGUGGGCAGUGGGAAGACCUCUCUGAUCUCUGCCAUCCUUGGACAGAUGACUCUGCUGGAGGGCAAGGUGGCGGUGAACGGGGACUUUGCCUAUGUGGCCCAGCAGGCCUGGAUCCUCAAUGCCACGCUCAGGGACAACAUCCUCUUUGGGAAAGAGUACGAGGAGGAAAGGUUCCAGGCUGUUCUGAGUGCAUGCUGUCUGAGACCUGACCUGGCUAUCCUGCCCAACGCCGAUCUGACUGAGAUCGGAGAGCGUGGCGCCAACCUGAGUGGCGGGCAACGCCAGCGGAUCAGCCUGGCGCGUGCCCUGUACAGUGACCGAGCCAUCUACAUCCUGGACGACCCGCUCAGUGCACUGGAUGCCCACGUGGGCAACCACAUCUUCAACAACGCCAUCAAGAAGCAGCUCCGCCACAAGACCAUCGUCUUCGUCACUCACCAGCUGCAGUACCUUGUGGACUGCGAUGAUGUCAUCUUCAUGAGGGAGGGCAGCAUCACGGAGCAGGGGAGCCACGAGGACCUGAUGCGUCUCAAUAGAGACUACGCAGCCAUGUUCAACAACCUACAGCUGGGAGAGACGCCCUUCCUGGAGGUGCCAACUAACAAGUCUGGGAACUCCUUAAAGAAACCCCCAGAGAACACAAAGUCUGGAUCUGUAAAGAAGGACAAGCCUGUUAGCAAAGACAACGGCCAGCUGAUGCAGGUGGAGGAGCGUGGGCGGGGCUCAGUUCCCUGGUCUGUGUACGGCGUCUACAUCCAGGCCUCGGGUGGAGCGCUGGUUUUCCUCCUAAUCCUGGCCCUCUUCGUCCUCAACGUGGGCAGCACGGUCUUCAGCAACUGGUGGCUCAGCUACUGGAUCAAGCAGGGCAGCGGGAAUACCACAGUGUUGGUGGGGAACAGUUCGGUGGUGAGCGAAAGCAUGAGGGACAACCCCCUGAUGCAGCACUACGCUGGAGUCUACGCCUCGUCUAUGGGUGUCAUGCUGCUGCUCAAACUCCUGCGCGGCAUCAUAUUUGUCAAGGGCACUUUGAAAGCUUCGUCCAGGCUGCACGAGGAGCUCUUCAGGAAGAUUCUCCGCAGCCCCAUGAAGUUCUUUGACACCACGCCCACUGGACGGAUCCUCAACCGCUUCUCUAAAGACAUGGACGAGGUGGACACGCGGCUGCCGUUCCAGGCAGAGAUGUUCAUCCAGAAUGUCAUCCUGGUCUUCUUCUGCCUGGGCGUGAUCGGCAGCAUCUUCCCCUGGUUCCUAGUGGCUGUGGGCCCCCUGGUGCUGCUCUUCACCAUGCUCCACAUGGUGUCGCGCGUGUUCAUCCGAGAGCUCAAGCGCCUGGACAACGUCACCCAGUCGCCCUUCAUCUCGCACAUCACCUCCAGCAUCCAGGGCCUGUCCACCAUCCACGCCUACAACAGGGGCCACGAGUUCCUGGACAGGUAUCAGGAUCUCCUGGAUCAGAACCAGGCUCCUUUCUACCUGUUCAGCUGUGCCAUGCGCUGGCUGGCCGUGCGGCUGGACGUCAUCAGUGUGGCUCUGAUCAGCAUCACAGCGCUCAUGAUAGUCCUCAUGCAUGGCCAGAUCCCUACGGCCUACGCCGGCUUGGCCAUCUCCUACGCCGUGCAGCUCACAGGGCUGUUCCAGUUCACAGUCAGACUAGCCUCUGAAACCGAGGCUCGCUUCACUUCUGUGGAGAGAAUUCACCACUACAUUGAGUCUCUAGCGCUGGAGGCCCCGGCCCGCAUCAAGAACAAGGCACCCCCGCCAGACUGGCCGCAGGAGGGCGAGGUGGUGUUUGACGGGACGGAGAUGAGGUACAGAGACAACUUGCCGCUUGUUCUCAAGAAGGUGUCCUGCACCAUCCGUCCCAAGGAGAAGAUUGGCAUAGUGGGCCGGACGGGCUCAGGGAAGUCUUCUCUGGGUGUAGUUCUGUUCCGUCUGGUGGAGCCCUGUGGCGGCUCCAUCACGAUGGACGGCAUCAACAUCUGCGACAUCGGCCUGGCCGACCUCCGCAGCAAGCUGUCCAUUAUCCCUCAGGAGCCUGUGCUGUUCAGCGGCACAGUCAGGUCAAACCUGGACCCUUUUAACCAAUACGCCGAGGAGCUGAUCUGGGACGCUCUGGAGCGGACACACAUGAAAGAGUGUGUGUCUCAGCUGCCCCUGAAGCUGGAGUCAGAGGUGGUGGAGAACGGAGAGAACUUCUCCAUGGGAGAGAGACAGCUGCUCUGUGUUGCUAGAGUCCUACUCAGACAGUGCAAGGUCUUGAUCUUGGACGAGGCAACGGCAGCAAUGGACUCGGAGACGGAUUCUCUGAUCCAGGAGACAAUCCGCAAUGCCUUUCAGGACUGCACCACCCUGACCAUAGCCCACCGGCUGCACACCGUACUCAACUGUGACCGCAUCAUGGUGCUCAACCAGGGACAGGUGGUGGAGUUUGACGAGCCGUCCAUCCUGCUGGCCAAUGAGAACUCUCGAUUCUGUUCCAUGCUGGCUGCCGUGGAGAACAAGAUCUCUGUGAAAGGCUAAAAUGGGUACAGGAGGCACAGACGUGCCCUGGAGAUGAGGAGAGGGGAGGACGCUCCCAAAGGGGUCCAGCCAUCCGACCGCUCCCUCCGUGGUCUCACCCUCUUCCUCUGCUUACCCACCCUGAGUUUACCGCUCAGCCUGUAGAGGGGUGCAGCAUCGGACCAUGGAAUUAGAAUUCUACUGUUGCAUCAUGUCCUUGGUAUAAGGCAAGGGCUGCCCCGAGGAGAUGCUUGCUCAGAAGCCAUUUCAGCUGGAAUGGUCAGGGAACCACUGAUACUGUACUGUCUUUAGUAAUAUAUAAGAAAUAAAGCUUUAUGUGUAGCUAUAUUCAUAGCAUAACUGGUCUGUUUUAUAGAAUAUAUCUAUAUAUACAUAUAUUUACAGUGGUAAAAUAUGCUUUAUUUUCUACUGACUCUGUAUGUACAACGUAGUUGUAUGAAAUGUAUUAUUGUAUAUUCACUCGUGUUUUACCAUCAUUGCUGUCUAACUUUGCUGUUGAUUUUUUUUGCGGCUUGAAACAUCUGUAAUCCUUUCUCUUGUGACUUGAACCCAUGAGCCCUUAAACCCUGGACCCUGGCACAAGUGGUGGAUCUGGGGCCUAGUGGGACAUAAGACUCUACUAGGAGGGAAAUGGUGCUGCUCAGUGUUUUCACUGGGCAAUCAAAAGGACAUGCUUCAAGGUAGAAAUAACCCUGCUUAAAGGUAGAGGGUAUCACCCCUUCUUAAAGGCCUUGUAUGUCUACAGCCUAGUCCCUCUCUUAACUCUCUUUCUUCUGACUUUUUAUUAUCAUGAUUCUUUUGAUUGCUGUUAACUUCAGUUUGUUGUUACUGUUUGUCACAGCCCUUUUGCACUGAUGGUGAAGCUACAGGGGGUCGCCAGUGCCAUCUGCUGUUGGGGAGGGGAGGUCCUGCGACUGUUCUACAUUAUUAUUAUGGUGACAUAAAAGAUGCCUGUUGAGCACAAGGUCUUUGUGAUUUGAACAAGAUUGCAUUCUCUUUGCCCUGACCCAGUGAAUCUUUUAUGUGUGUGUUGUCAAUCCGCUCAUUGACACUGUUUGGACCAGAACCACACAGAUUAUAACACUCCUGCACUGGGUGUAGUAGGGAACCUCUAUCCUGUCUUUGCAGUAUUGAGGUGAUGCUCAUACUGUAACUACGAAUAACCUCGGCAAGCCUUGCAGAAUGUGUGUCGUUAUGUCAUUUCUAUUACUUUUUAUAGCCUUAGCAUGACUUCAUUAUUGCCUUGUUAACAGGGUAGGAUGAAGUGGAAAGGGAUCGCUUUUAAAUAUUCUGUCAAUAAAACUAUUUUAGGUUUA